AUGUCCUCGCUCCAGCCCGGCUCGCUCUCCUCCUCCGGGUCGAACAUGUUCUUCAGCAGCACGCACUGCGUGGGGAUGGGCGAGGCGGGGCCCAGGAGGCCCUGGUCCAGGCGCACCGCCUCCGGAAUGGCGGGCGCAGUGGGCGCAGGCACCUUGAGCGGCAGCUGCAUGCUGGGCACCUGCAUGCCCGUGUUGGCCGCCAGCGCGGUCAUCAGCGCGGUGCGCCCCGCGCUGGUCAGCCGCAGCCCACCCCCAUCCUCCGCGCCCGCCGUAUCCAGCGGCUCGUUCAGCGCCGCGCCGACGGCCGAGGGCUGCGGCGGCUGCGGCGGCUGGGUGCCUGCGACGGCGGCUGCGCCCAGCAAACCCGCUGCGUCCAGCGUCACCCGGAUCUCACGGUCCACCAGCGUGAAGCGGUCCAGGCUCUGCAUGGCACGGGUUGCGUCGGUGAGGUGGCGGAAGUGCACCCAGGCGCUGCCCAGCGGCACGCCUGCCGCGUCGUGCUGCAGGGCCACGCCGUCCAGCAGGCCAAAGGGCUCGAAGAUCGGGCGCAGGUCGGCCUCGGUGAUGGCCGGGUGCAGAUUGCCCACCGACAGCCGGCACGGCGCGGUGGCGGCCGAGGGGGCGAAGCCGGCCGCGGCGGCGACCGCGGCGGCGGCGGCCGCCGGGUCCGACAGGUCCACGGCCGGCGCGGCGGCGAGGCCCGGGACCAGGCCCGCGGUCGCCGGCGCGGCGCCGUCGGCCCCGGGCGCGCCAUACCGCGCCUCCAUGUCCUUGGCCUGCGCCUUCUGGGCCUCCGCCGCCUCCCAGGCCAGGUUCUUCUCCGCCUCGCUCAUCUUGACCAUCACUGCCUGGCCCAGCAGGGGGCGACCCGUCAGCGCCAGCGCCGCCAUCACGUCCUCCUUGCGCUGGUACUCCACAUAG